UGCGUGCUGACGCUUCCCAGCAUGCAGUGCGCGAGCGAAGAUGGCGGAGGGCGGCGCGGCGGAUGUGGAGACGCAGAGAGCGGAGAUCGCGGCGCUGCUGAAGACGCCGCUGCGGAGGGCGGACACCUGGUUUCUGGUGGACAGCCGCUGGUUCAAGCUGUGGAGGAAGUUUGUGGGCUUCGACAGCUGGGACAGGCAGCAGACGGGCCAGCAGAGCGCCUACCCCGGCCCGGUGGACAACAGCGGCCUGCUCUCAGAGGGAGAUGGGCUGCUCCUCCGGGAUCACCUGAUAGAUGAGCUGGACUAUAUCCUGCUGCCCGCUGACGGAUGGAGGAGGCUGAUCAGCUGGUACGGCCUGAAGGAGGGACAGCAGCCCAUCGCACGCCAGGUACACACACACACACACACACACACACCUGACAAUGCAUUAGCCAAUGUGUCUAUCCUCUGUGUAACACAUUUGGAGACCGGCGCAGCAGUUCAGAGAACACCAGCAAUAACAACACUGAUAACACAGUCUGCCUCCAUCCAGUGCUCAUGGUGCUGUGUGAGAUGUUUAGAAGAAUGCUGGAAACCGGUAACCAUUGACUUCCACAGUAGACAAAGAAAUCCUGUAGAAGUCAGUGGAUACAGUGUCACACACACACACACACACACACACACACACACACUCUUCUGCUGUGUCUCUCCUGCAGACAGUAUCGAGCGUGAGAUGCGUAAGCUGUUCAGCAUCCCGGAUGAGAAGGAGACGCGGCUGUGGAACAGGUACAUGAGCAACACCUUCGAGCCGCUCAACAAACCCCACAGCACCAUCCAGGACGCAGGACUCUACCAGGGCCAGGUUCUGGUGAUCGAGCAGCAGAAUGAGGACGGCUCGUGGCCCCGCGGCUCCUCAUCACUAAAGUCCUCUGCUGCUGCUCUCUCUGCUCUACCAAAGAUCAGUCCCUCAUCCCUCUCAGCCAAUCACAGCAGCAGCUUCAGCAACCGCAACCUGAAGAGCCCCUACAGCAGUGUGUCGUGUUCUCCGUACAGCAGCAGCAGUGGUGUGUGUGAGCAGAGAGCAGGUCUGUGUGGACUCUCUAACCUGGGCAACACCUGCUUCAUGAACUCCGCCACUCAGUGCCUGAGUAACGUGCCCCCGCUGACCCAGUUCUUCCUGACGGAGCAGUACCAGCAGGAGCUGAACCAGGACAAUCCUCUGGGCAUGGGUGGAGAGAUCGCCAGAGCGUACGCAGAGCUCAUCAAGCAGCUGUGGGGCGCCAGGUGCAGCUAUAUCACUCCCCGACCCUUCAAGGUGCAGCACUGUGGAGAGCACAUCUCAGCGGGUCACGCGUGUCUAUGGGUCACACAUCUCAACCAGUCACACAUCCGCACACACUCUGAGCAUGCGUGCAGGUCUCGGCACUCUUCAGCUCUGAGCAGUACUCCGGCUCUCCUCAGCACACAUCCGCAUUCACUCUCUGCUUCCCUUGUUUUGUUUUUAUGUUCAGCCACUCAAAUGAUGAUGACCACACCUACAGGACCAGAGGCAAAUCGCUUCAUCCGUGCGGACACUAAAGACUGUGAGGACUCCAGCUCCCCCAAACACCACCCCAUCAACGGCAGCGCCACCAACGGGACAGCAGAGGACUGUUCGCCCAGUGAGAUGGAGACGGACGAGCCGGACGAUGAGCUCAGUGUGGAGCAGGGUGUGUCCUCGGAGAGCGACAGCAGCAGUCUGGCUGAGGAGCAGAAGCUGGAGAACGGACCCUCACUGCUGGAGCCCUGCAGGAGACUCUUCAGCCUGCAGAUCACCAACAUGGGCAAGACUGACGGAGGAGCCCUGCUGACGGGGGAGCCCCACGCACAAAUACAUUUCCAGGAGGAGCGUCUCAGCGACAGAUGUUACCUGUCCUUAGUCUGGGAGCCGGAGAUGAAGAGGAGCUUCUUCAACGAGGCGGCGGUCGAGGACUUCGAAAAGCACCACAGUAUGGACUACAAGCCCCAGAAGAAGAUGAGCUGCCGGCUGAGGGACUGCAUACAGCUCUUCACCACCAAGGAGAAACUGGGCGCCGACGACCCCUGGUACUGCCCCAGCUGUAAGCAGCAUCAGCAGGCCACUAAGCAGCUGGACCUGUGGAGUCUGCCGCCGGUGCUGGUGGUCCAUCUGAAGCGCUUCUCCUACAGCAGAUACAUGAGGGACAAGCUGGACACACUGGUGGAGUUCCCUCUGCGGGAUCUGGACAUGUCAGAGUUCCUCAUCAAUCCUCAUGCCGGGGUCUGCCUCUACGACCUCAUCGCCGUCUCCAACCACUAUGGAGGGAUGGGUGGAGGACACUACACUGCCUAUGCCAAGAAUGUGGAGGAUGGCCAGUGGUACAGCUUUGAUGACAGCAGUGUGUCGCCGGCCAGCGAGGAGCAGAUCGUGUCCAAGGCGGCGUAUGUGCUCUUCUACCAGCGCCAGGACACAGUCAGAGGCACAGGCUACUUCGCUCUGGACCGAGAGCCUCCGGCCGAGAAGGAAGAGGAGGAGGAGGAUGAAGAUGAGGAGGAUGUGAAUGACAGCGAGCAGGAGGAGGACCUGCAGCCCAGCCCAGACGUGUCCAUGAGCACCAGCUGAGCUCCAGCGCUCCUCUACAGCCAUACCAGCACUGAACACCUGCCCAGUGUACAGCCGGCGCGACUGACUCGAAUGCAGGGUUCAGCCGGCCGAGCGGAUCUGUGUGUGUGUGUGUGUGUCUGUUCACGUUCUGUAUUUGUGCACGAGUGAAGGUGUUGACCAGGUGAAUGUUCAGAAUGUUCUUCUAAUCGUGUAAACACUGCGGAUGCAGAGUUCUGGUUCAGUCUCUCCGUGUGUUUAGCUGUUAGCGUGUCUGCUAAGCUCUCCAUCUGCGGUGUUUGGACAGAUGAAUGUGCCACAUGAUGCCGUCUGCUGGAUGAGGGAUCUCCCGGUGCGGCGGCGAUGCCUUUCUCUCAGAUUUUCCUUCACCUCAGCCUUAACGGUCCUCUCAGACUGCUGCGUUUGCACACAUCUCUCUGCCCGUCAGUCUGGAGCCGGAGACUCUGAGCGGCUCGUGAAGCUGAUGGAGGACGGUGUUCGCCGGUCUCCUCCUCCAUCUCCUUCUGGCCUUCAGGUUGAUGAGUGUCCUCCUGUCUCGGACUGCGCAGGCUGAUGAACACUGUACAGCAGAAGAGUCACUCUGUGAGUGCACGUCUGGUUAUCUAUUUAUUUAUUGCACUGGAGGGCAGGAUAUGCACUGAAUGCGUCUGGGCUCGAGGCCUCCUCCGGGAACCUCCUGUGGGCUUUUGUAAAUGAACUGAUGUCCUUGCAUGACCCGGGGACGUCCUUACGCUGCACUCCAGUUCACUUUGGUUUACAUUUGAGAUGUGCAUGUGUGUUUAAAGACUGACCUAAUAAACCUGGACUUAAGUUAA